ACUACGCAAAGUGACUGAAAGAUAGAUAGAAAAUCAAAUUUCAGUAGAGACAAGUGAGACUGUGAUUCUUCAAAGGAAAAUAAAGCCGAAAAUGAUACAAGAGCACCUGGCAACACAUUCCUGAACAAAAGCUACAAGUGGAGAGAAACUGCAACAUGGAGGCCACAGGCAAUAACAACAACAAUAACAAUGGCCACCUGAACCAGGGGUUUGUGGGCUCUCUAAAUGCCUCAACCAUCUCGAUACCAGGGGCUUACAAGCCAAAUGAUUCUACGAAUGGCAAGGUGGCGUCCUCUGCAGGAUCAGGAGCAGCGCCAGGCGAUAGUCAGCCUGGUGUGGAGGCGGGUCAGCAGGGGAAGCAACGAGCCAGUUGGAACAACGACAUCGAGUUCCUCAUGUCCUGCAUCGCACUGAGCGUGGGCUUGGGAAACGUCUGGCGGUUUCCCUUCACCGCCCUGGAGAACGGCGGCGGGGCCUUCGUAAUCCCCUACCUGAUCGUCCUGAUUCUGGUGGGCAAACCCGUGUACUACAUGGAAAUGCUGCUCGGCCAGUUCUCCAGUCGGGGCAGCGUCAAGGUCUACGACUUCUCGCCCAUCAUGCGGGGCAUUGGCUAUGGCCAGGUUUUGGCCACGGCCAUCGUGAGCACCUACUACGCCACGCUAAUGGCCCUAACCCUGCGCUACUUCGUGGACUCCUUCUACCCGACCCUGCCGUGGAGCUACUGCCGGGCGGAGUGGGGAGCGGACUGCCUGGACUCGGCUCUGCAGGAAGCCAGCGGAACCUCGAGUUUGGUUAACACGAGCUCAGGUGUGCGCACCACCUCGGCGGAAUUCUACUUCACGAACAUCAUUCUGCGCGAGAAGGCGAGCAUCGACGAUGGCAUCGGGUAUCCCAGCUGGAGCCUGGCUCUGGCACUGGCCGUGGCCUGGCUCAUCAUAGCGGGCAUCAUGUUCAAGGGAGUGAAGAGUUCCGGCAAGGCCUCCUACUUCCUGGCCCUCUUCCCCUACGUGGUCAUGUUCGUCCUCCUGGUGAGGGCCCUCACCCUGCCAGGAGCCUUCGAUGGCGUCCUCUACUUCCUGCGGCCGCAGUGGCACAAGCUCCUGGAACCGCAGGUCUGGUACGCCGCCGUCACCCAGGUCUUCUUCUCGCUGGCCAUUUGCUUCGGGAACAUCAUCAUGUACGCCUCCUACAACCGAUUUGGCCACAAUAUAUACAGGGAUGCCAACAUCGUCACCACCCUGGACACCUUCACCUCCCUGCUCUCCGGCGUGAUUAUCUUUGGGAUACUGGGCAACCUGGCCCAUGAGAACAGCACCAGCGACAUCGCCAGUGUGGUGAAUGGAGGCCCUGGCCUGGCUUUCAUUUCCUAUCCCGAUGCCAUUGCCAAGUUCAAGGUGCUGCCGCAGCUCUUCUCCGUGCUCUUCUUCCUGAUGCUCUUCGUCCUCGGAAUCGGCAGCAAUGUGGGCAUGGCCUCCUGCCUGUCCACCGUAAUCAAGGACCAGUUCGGGCACCUCAAGAACUGGAUGAUAGUGGUGGGCAUAGCCCUGGUGGGUUACUUUCUGGGCCUGCUGUACAUCACACCCGGUGGUCAGUUCGUGCUGAAUCUGCUGGACUUCUUUGGAGCCACCUUUGUGGCCCUGGUGCUGGCCAUCUUCGAGCUGGUGGCCAUUGCCUGGAUCUACGGGGUGAAGCGCCUGUGCCGGGAUGUGGAGUUCAUGAUUGGCAUCAAGACCUCGCUGUACUACCGCAUCUGCUGGGCGGUCAUCACCCCGCUGCUAAUGCUCACCAUUCUCAUCUACACCUUGGUGCUGUACGAACCGCUGAAGUACAAGGACUACACCUACCAGUCGGGGGUUUAUGUUUUUGGCUGGUGCCUGAGUGCCUUCGGCGUGGGUCAGGUGCUCUUUUGGGCCAUUCCCGCCGUGCGGCAGCAGCCCGCGCAUCUGGGUCUCUGGGACCGCGUCCGCAAAGCCUUUGAGCCCCUGCCCAACUGGGGACCACUGGACCCCCUGACCCUCAAACGGUACCAACUAUUCGUCCAGGAGGGCCAGGCCAACGCCCUCUUCCGGCGCAGCAGUAUCUGGCACAAAAUCUAUGACAAUAUCUUUGGUUAGCAUUGAAUUAGCAAUAAAACUAUAUACCAUUUAA